UGUAGGCGUCGACCAGAAGAUUAUGAUAUUCAUAACAGCAGAAAGAAACCAAGGAUUGACUAUCCCCCUGAGUUUCACCAAAGACCAGGGUAUAUAAAGGAUCCCAGAUAUCCCGAAGUAGACAGACGAUUUUCAGGAGUUCGACGAGAUGUAUUUUUAAAUGGGUCCUACAAUGAUUACGUGAGGGAAUUCCACAACAUGGGACCACCACCACCAUGGCAAGGAAUGCCACCGUAUCCAGGUAUGGAGCAGCCACCACACCACCCUUACUAUCAGCACCAUGCACCUCCACCUCAAGCUCACCCUCCAUACUCAGGACAUCAUCCUGUACCACAUGACGCAAGAUACAGAGACAAACGAGUACACGACUACGACAUGAGAGUCGAUGACUUUCUUCGCCGCACACAAGCAGUUGUCAGUGGCCGCAGAAGCAGGCCCCGGGAGAGGGACCGAGAGCGGGAGCGAGACCGUCCCAGAGAUAAUAGAAGAGACAGAGAACGUGACAGAGGCCGUGAGCGGGAAAGGGAGAGAGAGAGGAUUUGUGACCGGGACAGAGACAGAGGUGAAAGAGGUAGAUACCGAAGAUAAUCUAUCUGGAACCAGUGCUCACUUGAAAUAAAAAAAAAGCUUGUAUUUUUUUGUGUGUUUACAAGUAGUACAUUUUAUUUUCAGCCGUCUACUUAAAGUUCGUUGUGUAGAAGGAUUUAUAACGACCCUCUCUAUUCCAAGCAUGCAGUGAGCUAUGAACUGGAAAAUCUCAACUCGGCCAAAAAUAAAAUACGCAAAGCUGACGCUCAACGUGACGUUUCUGUUGGAGCAGAAUGGGAAACAGCUAAGAAUGUAGAUACUGGUUAAUUCUCAAUAAGUGUUCAUCUACUUAGUGACCUC